AUGUCUGAAGAAUCUAGGCAUAACGGCGAAUCACGUAUUGCCAAGCGCAAGCGCGAAUCCACUGGUCCGAGGAGACGCACGUCUCUGGCGUGUGAUAUCUGCCGGAAGCAAAAAGAGAAAUGUGAAGGUGGCCAACCGUGCUGGCGAUGCCAGCGGUUAGAUCGAACAUGCCAGUUUACAUCUCAGCCGGCUCCUCAAAGGCCUAGUUGCUCAUUACGAGAAGACAUCAGUUCACCAACCUCGAAUCAAUAUCAGCAAAAUUUGGAAGUUAUUGUACGACACUUUCUCGGGGACGUGUCUCUGGAUGAAGAAAAUGUUGCACGAAUUGCAGCAAAGUGCACGACAGAAAACAAGGAGAUGGAGACAUCAGGGGUGGAUGAACCACAAUAUAUGCAUUUUGUGUCGAGUAAUGUUGCAUUCUACUCAGGGGAAUUUUCGCACUGGAACUUCUCCGAGAAGUUGCGUCGCACCAUGAGGUGUCGGGAUGCGUCCGAUUCAAUUGUCAAAGAAUACUGGCGAGCUACACAUCUUCAGUCCUCCACACAUACCGCUGCCGAGGCAAUAACUCAUUUACCACCGAGAACCAUUGCUGAAUUUCUAGUUGCUGUGUUCUUCAAGUACACUGAAGUCAAUUCUUUCUACGUUGAGAAAGAAUGGAUGCAUGAAAAGCUUCAACUGUGUUACGACCCCUUCGCACAGUUGACAGCCGCUGAUAUCCCUUGGAUCUGUUCGGUCUUUGCUGUGUUAGCAAUCGGCACGCAAUUUGCGCAUAUGGAAGAAGACAGAGCGAAUCCAGAUUCCAGUCUAUCAGAAGAGAUAGCCUUCUGCUCGGAGCAUUCUGUUGGACUUGGCUUUUUCAAUGUGGCAUGCAAACUGGGUCACGAUGUAAUCCUAGCAGCCUCGUAUGAAAGUGUGCAAGCUUUCCUCCUUCUCGCAGUUUAUGCCCUGCCAGUCUCAUGCGGUGGGCUCUCAUACACAUAUUUUGGGUUGGCUAUGAAAAUGGCGAUUCAAAAUGGAAUGCAUCGAAGAUAUGUUGGUGGGGAAUGCGAUCGCAGGACUCUUGAAUUAAGGAACCGCCUUUUUUGGACUGUCUAUACCCUUGAAAGACGAACUGCAAUCAUGCAUGGGCGACCUAACUCUAUCGCACGGUCCGAAGUCAAUACCGAUUUGCCAACAGAUUGUCCGACGUUUGACUCGCCAAAUUUCGCCUGUAUGAUGACUUUCAUUGAUAUGGUCUCUUGGACAGGAGAGGUAGCCGACACACUGGCAAAAUUCAAACGAUGUCCAAAAAGACUGCUUUCAGGGUAUUUAGGUCAGCUUAUGCAACUAAGGUCUAAAAUUCGACAAUGGUGGAGCUCUCGUUCAUCCAAAUUUCAGGAACAAGAUACUGCUCCACAAGGAUCCUUAUUUCGACAAAAUUGCCAUAUGAAGCUGUGCUACCUUUUAAUUUACGUAUACAUGGGCCGGCCUUUCAUCUUCGAUACUCGAAGCAAAGAGGAACUACCAGAGAAUCAGAAUGUCGGCAAAGCCCAGCGAUCAGAGCUAGUUAAUGAUUGCGUACAAAGCGCCUUGGAAAUCAUCGAAGUACUACAACACCUUGCAGAGAAUUUUGGCUUAUGUCGUGCCUCUUACACCGAGUUUAGCUCAUGCAGAGCAGCUCUCCUCGUGAUACUUGCCGAGAGCUUACAUUCAGGAAGAACUGCGAGGUUGCAGGAAAUUUUGAAUCGCGGUAUGAGUCUCAUUCGUCAAAUGACCGGUGGAACAUCCACACAAUCCGAAAUUUCAUACAUCGAGUCAAUCCAAGCGGCGAUUGACCAAUGGUCGUCAAAUGAGAAAUUUUGUGACCAGAAUGCAAGCGCAGGACACAGCUCCACGUCCGCUUACGCGACAUUCAAAGACUGGACACAGUCGAUGAAGAAAAGCCAGAAUAUUGGUGGCACGAUGGAAUUAUCUUCAUUUAGUCCUAUUUCACACCUGACAUCCAGUGCUGAGAGUGCAUUUAAUCCAGAUAUGAACGACUUGACAGAUCUUCUUGAUCAAGACUGGGCAACAAGUGAAUUGGGUCUGGAUCCAGAGGUUUUCUUGACUUCCUAG